UGCUCUGUGGCAAGGUCACAGUCUGGUGUGUUUUUAUUUGUUGUACUAUGAAAUUCGAGAAUACACGUAACUUUAAAUAUUAAUUUAUAUAAAUAAGUUUUAACAAUGCGGUAUGCUCAAUUAGUUGUUGGACCGGCUGGCAGUGGAAAAUCAACUUAUUGCUCAACUAUGGUAAAACAUGCAAGUGAUUCAAAUAGAAUUUUAGAGGUUGUUAAUUUAGAUCCAGCUGCAGAACAUUUUGAUUAUGAGCCUCUGGUGGACAUUCGGGAGUUAAUACAUCUUGAUGAUGCAAUGGAGGAUGAAGAUCUCCAUUUUGGGCCUAAUGGAGGACUUGUAUUUUGUAUGGAGACUUUACUUGAAAACUGUGAAUGGUUAGAGGAGCAACUUGGAGAUGUUGAUGAUGAUUACAUAUUAUUUGACUGUCCAGGCCAGAUUGAGCUUUACACACAUUUAUCAGUUAUAAAAAAACUUGUAAACACACUUGAGAAAUGGAAUUUUAGGAUAUGUGUGGUUUUUAUGAUCGAUUCACAAUUCAUGGUAGAUGGUGCAAAAUUCUUAUCAGGCACAAUGGCAGCUCUGAGUGUAAUGGUAAAUUUAGAACUGCCACAUGUGAAUAUCUUAACAAAAAUGGAUCUUCUCAGUAAAUCGGCAAGAAAACAGUUAGAUCAUUACUUAGAUCCCGAUCCUCACAUUUUAUUAUCGGAUAUGCGAAAUGUGCAAUCAAGGUGGCAUGAAAAAUACAGAAAAUUAACAGAAGCAAUUGGUGACGUUAUUGAAAACUUUAGCCUUGUAAGAUUCUACCCAUUGAACAUAAAGGAUGAAGAAAGUAUAGAGAAUAUUCUAAUUACCAUAGAUAAUAUUAUUCAGUAUGGGGAAGAUGCUGAUGUUAAAGUGAGAGACUUUGAUGAGCCUGACGAAGAUGAUGGAAAUGGUGAUGAUUAAAUCAGUAACUCAA